AUGGUUCCGUGCCAAAACAAGUGCUGCAUCACAGAAAUCAAGUUCUUGAGAAAUUCGGGCCGAUAUCAGUUUCUACUUCACACCUUCAUCCAAACCGAGAACCAAUUUGAUGCAUUCUGGGAUUGCAAUAUCUGUGGAUCGUUUCAACGGAACCGAAACCAUUAUAGGGAUCAUCAACGAGGAAUCACUCGCUUACUGUAG